CUUCUACAACUUAACAAGUGAGCUUCAAGGCCAGGCCCAGAGAAAUCAUUUAUUUUCUGAUGAUGCUUUUACCCAAAAUCGCAGUGAUACUUGAAAGAUGGAGAUUGCUCUCUUCUUUCCAUCUUCGCUUUUUGCCGACGACGAUGACGCCUCUAGUGUUGAGGAAACGAAUGAAUCCCAGCAAAGCUAUGUGGAGAGAAAGCACAGUUUUCCCGGAAUGGAGUUGCUUAUCCGAGAAUUUUCUUUUCAUCAGCUGAAUGCUAAUUUACUCUGGCCAGGGACAUUUGCAUUUGCAGAAUGGUUAGUUCAGCAUAGGUCACAUACAGAAGGACGCCGUUGCAUUGAAUUGGGCAGCGGCACAGGAGCUUUAGCUAUUUUUCUUAGCAAAUCACUUAACCUUGAUAUCACAACAUCAGACUACAAUGACCAAGAAAUUGAAGAGAACAUAGCUUAUAACUGCGCUGCAAAUGGAAUCACACCUGUCCUUCCUCACAUAAAGCAUUCAUGGGGUGACACAUUUCCAACUGCUGAUCCUGACUGGGACUUGGUCAUAGCUAGUGAUAUAUUAUUAUAUGUGAAACAGUACUCAAACCUGAUAGAAACUCUUUCCUUUCUCCUCAAAUCUUACAAACCAAGAAACGACCAAGUAGUCACAGCGAAUGAACAGAAUGGAGGAACAUUCAUGGGAUUGCCCAGGCCAGCAUUUUUAAUGAGUUGGAGACGCAGAAUUGGAAAGGAGGAUGAAUCUCUGUUUUUCACUGGUUGUGAGGUUGCUGGGCUUGAAGUUCAGCAUCUCGGAUCUCGUGUGUACUGCAUCAAACCUAGAAAUCUGCAGUCAAAAAACCAAAUAGAGUUGGAGAAAGCUACAGCAUAAUUGAGAAAUCAGCGCCUUAUAUGAGUUGUUUGAGGCUUAAUUAAUCCAAGAGGAGAUGUAGAUGCUGUUCAAGAGUUGCUGAUAUUCUUAUGAGCUAAAUGUAAUUUUUAAAAAAGUGUUUUUCUUAACGCUUUUGGUAUACUACCAUAUAGUACCUUUGUCACAAGACAGAGUGGAGGCUUGAUCCUUGUAUGCUAUGUAUUUCAGGCUAGCAAGUAAAAGACUUACUGUCAUCUUUGGCUGUUUAAGCUCUCUUUGUUUGAAGGAAAAUAAUUUAUGCGGGGCAAAUAUUUUGAGGAAAA